AUGGGCAGGUGGCUUACACACUGGCCUGCGUGUGUGCCGGCCCGUCGGUCUGAGCGGUGGGCGAACGGGGCCUGGAGGCGAUCCUCGCUUCCAUCCGCCGCUGCCGCAAAGGAUGCUGUCUCGGCUCGACCCGCCUCUUUGCGCCUCUGCUCUCCGCAAAAGGGUCUGCUCGCUCCACUUUUGGGCCUCGCGAUCUGGACUACCUGCCUGCGAACCAUGAAAAUUCCAGGUCAGCCGCCGCCGCCGCCGCAAACCCUCCCGCUCCGAGACGGCAAGCGUUGCACCCACCGACUUCGUCCUGCUGCAUUCGUACAUCCCACCGCCCAUCCCCACCCCCGACCUCAACCUAACUUCAUCCUCGAUUCGCUUCGUCCCUACACCACCAUCACCACCACCACCUUUUCCUCUUUGUCGAUACCCUUCUCACUCGCAAAACACAAGAUGGCACCUCUCGCAAAGACUCUGGCCUUGGCCUCUCUUUUCGCUGCGCCGGCCAUGGCCGCCGUCACUUCGCGCCCCCAGCUCGAGGUGAGGCAGUACCAGGACCCCAACUCGCCGCUCGUCAUCAACGAGCCCUCGUGCGACUUCUACCAGUGCAUCAUCUACUGGGUGCCCGGUAGCCAGGUCGCCGUCAACUGGAUCAACCCGACCCAGGGCACGGUUCAGGUCGACCUCAUGACCAACAACAACUCGGACGUCGCCUACAACGUCGGCACCUACCCUGCCACCUCCAACACGUGCGAUGCCGGCGCGGGCUACGGCCAGCCUGGUCCCAACGGUGCGCAGUGUGGUGGCUUUGUCUUCUCCGUGCCCAGCUCGUGGAAUGCCGGCAACUACUCGGCUCUCCGCGCCAUGUCGGUGCAGGACCAGAACCUCCAGUCGUACACGGACAAGAUCUACAUCACCCAGAACGACACCACCUCCAAGAACGCUCCCUUCUCCAUCGUCAGUGGAUCCAGCGCAGGCACUGCCUCGGCAACGUCUGGCUCUUCCACCGCUGCGCCCGCUUCCACCACCGGCAGCUCCAGUGCUGGUCUCACGGGCAGCUCGUCGCGUGGCUCGGCUAGCAUGACUGCCUCCAGCACGAGCGGCCGGCCCUCGUCCACCGGCACUCCGGCCACCAACGCCGCUCUCUCCAACAGCGCCGGCACCCUCGCCUUCACCCUGGCAUCCGCUUUCGCCGUGGGCCUCGCCAGCCUGCUCUGA